GAACGAACGACAUCUCUCAAAUGAAAAAUUUGAUGUUUGACAUCGCUUCAAAAAUUAAACCGGUUUUAAUUUAAUUUAACAGUAAUUUAUCUCUUCUGCAGUCGUUUUAUAUCUAAAAACAGGGUUAAAUAAUGAUGUUAGCUGCAGCGACUGUUAGAAAAACUCGUAAAGUUAGUGAUAAAGUAGUGAGGUUUCCUAAAAUUUUGGAAUGCGAGAACAUAGAGAUCGAUUCUUUGGAGGGAGAUUCCAGUGGUGAUGAUCGUAAUGAACCUCAAGUCGACCACGCGCCUUCAUCAGAUAACGCGAACGAAAAUGCUAAUCUACAGCAAUCGUUGAAACACUUGAACCUAAACGGUUUAUGUAACAAGAAAGAAGAGUGCUAUGUUGAAGAAAUCGUGCUUCCUGGUGAAUCGAUACAGUCCCUUUCGGAAUUGCAGAUACUCAGUUUGCGCUCGAAUGGAAUUCAAAAUUUUCCCAGCAGUGUUCUUCAAUUAGUUAGUUUGGUGGUUCUGGAUCUUUCGGAUAACGAUUUGUUGACUUUGCCUGCAGAAAUUAGUCAACUGAAACUACUGCAAGAGUUAGUGUUGGACCAGAAUUUGUUGAGUGUUUUACCAGUGACCAUAUGGGAUUUAAAAUUUUUGAAAAUCUUGAAAGUGGCUAACAACCGAUUGGCUGUGCCUCCCGACAAAAGGACGGAAAUGAGAGCUCUGGUUCUUUCUGAACCUGAAGAAAAGAACGAAGAAUCUAGGGGAAUCACAACAUUAAAUUUAAGAUCGAAUAGGCUUAAAGGACACAUUAUUCUCGGUAAUUAUGGUAGUUUAACUGAAUUGGACGUAAGCGAGAAUAAUAUCGAAAAUUUAGAUCUCAGCGCUGUUGGACAGCUACAAAUUCUACAAUGUUCCAGAAAUUCACUAACAACCUUAACAAUUCAUGGAAGAAGGCUUACCUCAGUAAUCGCAGGGAAUAAUAGACUGAAGAAUAUUUUAGUAACUCAUCCUCCAAAAGGUCUCAAGCAUUUAGAUAUUUCAUACAAUGAAUUGGAGUCGCUUCCUACCUGGUUAUCCGAGUGCAAUGAAUUACGAUCUCUUUUUGUUAGCAAUAAUUGUUUGCUAUAUUUACCAGAUUUUUUAUUCUGUAACGAAUUUCCUUUUUUACACACCCUUCAAGUUGCUUAUAACCAACUCCAGUGUCUUCCGAAUAUUACCAAGAAGUUACCAAUUCAGGAGCUAUUUAUGCAAAACAACAGCUUAUCAAUAUUACCAGAUGCUUUUUUUAAAUUGCUUCCCAAUAUGAAAGUAUUGAAUUUAUCCAAUAACCGUCUUUGUGAUCUGCCAAAACCUGACGAAGUAAUUCCCGUAGAAAAACUAUUCUUAACAGCGAACUGCCUUAUCGACAAAUCUUUGGAUCGUCUAGCUCCUUUUCUAAGAAACUUGCGUAGUUUACAUGCAGCUUACAAUAAUUUUACAGCGCUUCCUGAAAACUGCACUGUUUUCUGGUCAGAACUUGAAGAACUGGUAUUGUCUGGAAAUAAACUUUUGAAACUUCCCGAAACUAUUGAAAAAAUGAGGCAUUUAUCAGUUUUAAGAGUACAUUCAAAUUUACUACAAACUAUUCCUAAGCUGUCAACACUUUUAUGUUUAAGAGUUUUAGAUUUAGCACACAAUCAAUUAGAUCGUAUUGAUUUAAAUUGUUUGAUACCUCCAAAUUUAAAAUUCCUCGAUUUAUCGUGUAAUACAAAAUUACAUGUUGAUUCACAGCAAUUUAAUACGUAUAGAACGCAGAGGCCUAUGAGUCUUGUGGACGUUUCUGGAAAGAAUAGAACUACUUUACCAUUAACACCGUCUCCUUUUUGCGAAAACGAUUUUACUGAACACUGUUGGUCUGUUGGAUUUUCUGAGACAGCGGGAAGUAAACAGAGAUUGUACAUCUCACAGAUUCGUUUGCCGGCAUUUUGUAAUACAGAAGCAUUAUUUGGUAUGUUUGAUGGUGAAUCGAAUAACGAUAUACCGGUUGGUGUUGAUAAAGUGGUUCCUAGAAUACUUCUGGAAGAAAGAACUGUUAAAGAAACAGCUCACGAUUACAUGAAGUAUACCAUGUUAUCCAUCCAACGAGCAUUAAGAGAUAAAGGACAGAGAUUAGGAUUGAAUGCAAUAUUAAUUCACGUACUAAAAUCAAAACAAACUGCAGAGUAUUCAUUCUGUGGAAGCAUUAAAAAGUACAUAAUGAAAAUAGUGAGUAUUGGUGAUAUUAGAAUAGUAUUAGGCAGAGUGUCCGGACCAGUACGAGUUCUUCCCAAAAAACAAAGAAAGCAAAUACGGACAAACCCACAAGUCCAGUUGACAAUACCGGAUCCAGAUAUUACAGAAAUAUUUUUGGAAGAACAAGAUGAAUACAUGAUCAUAGCGAACAAAAACUUAUGGGACGUCAUAACUCCAGAAAAUGGAAUAAAAGAAGUGACGUUACAAAGAAACGUAAUACUAGCUGCUAAAAGACUACAAGAUCUUGCCCAAAGCUACGGUGCUGAAGAAAACUUAAGCAUAAUAGUAGUGAAAUUUAAUGUUUUAAGUUCAGAUGUAGAUUUAUUAAUGAGAGAGUUAAGACAAACCAUUCGUAAAAACAAAUACCAAAGCGAAUUGAGUAGUUCUAAUAAUACUUGCCAACCAGGCUGCUGUUGCGAAGCUCUAAAUCAAGAAUGUCUGAAUUGUUUAGAGCAAAUUCCUAUCCCUCCACCCAUGAUGCCUUGUGAUGACAGAUCUUCUCCAAGUGGCCAAAGCGAAAACAAUUGCAGCGAUUGCAAUUUAUCAGCAAAAAUGUUCAUAACGCAACUAAAUAAACAAAAUGAAAAUAGAUCUGUUAGAAGUAUAACUCCGUCCAUUUUUGAAAGUGUAGACGUGAAAAUAAAUCCGGAACGAAGAAGCUAUAGAGGUGUAGCUAAAGCGUUACGUCAACGAAAAGAAGAAGAAAGGAAUCGUGAAGAUUCAGAUUCGGCUUUAUCCGAGGAACAAUUUAAAUGUUGGGAAUAUAUGCUAGAGCAGAAUACUCAACUUCUAUUCGACAAAGAAUUAAAUACUCUCAACAAGAAUUCCAGGAAUAAACCAGCUUCUCUAAAAUUAGCUGCUCUUUCAAGAAGCUCGCCACAGUUGGCUGAUACAAACGGCGCCCAUCAAGGAUCUUUUCUAUCAAAACAGUUUGGCAGUACCAAAUCUUUUAAUCCUUUAUUAUCAAGGUCCAGUUCUAGGUUUGCUUUGGACAAAAAACAGUUAUUGGGUGGUCCACAUGCCGCUUAUUUUGGGAGUUUGCAAAGACUCAUGCCAUAUAAUUUGGAAUACGAUUUUUCUCUGAUGCACGAGAGGGGUUUAGCCGAUUCUUUGGAUCUUGAUAGGAUGCAGCAAUAUUGGGGAGUUACAACAACAGAAUUAUAA